AUGGAGGACCGAUCAAGAACUGGGUUGCAUGAUUUUACUAGGGCUUCAAGAAAGGCUGAAGAAUCAGCCUGGAGGCGAUUCCAAGCUGUGGAGUGGCUUGAAAGCUUUGUGGGUCCACUUAACAUACCGAACCAACCGUCGGAGAAAGAGUUCAUUUCUUGCCUGAGAAAUGGUCUGAUCCUAUGCAAUGCCAUAAACAAGAUUCAACCCGGAUCGGUGCCCAGGGUGGUGGAGAGCCCAUUGCCUUUACAAUCGCUGAGUAGGGAAUCUCAACCGUUGCCUGCUUAUCAGUACUUUGAGAAUGUCCGAAACUUUCUGGUUGCUGCUGAAGAGUUAAAGCUGCCUGCUUUUGAAGCUUCUGACCUUGAAAGGGAUACAUUGGAGGCAGGGUCAGUAGGGAAGGUUGUUGAUUGUGUUUUAGCCCUUAGAUCCUAUAAUGUGUGGAAGAAGAUGGGCAACGUGAAUGGAUAUUACAAGCAUAUAAAAUCUCCCUUAGUCAUGCAUUCAGCCAAUAGAAUGCAUUCAAGAACCCCACCUAUGGUCUCCUCGCACUCUUGCAGGAACUUGGAUAUGUCGGCUGGACUGGAUAGACAACUAUCGAUUGAGGAUGACAAACGGAAACCCAAAGUGGAUUCUAUAGAAUCUGUUGUCAAGUUACUUGCUGCUUCUAUGGUUGAUAUAAAGGAAAACAUUGACGAUAACCUACUUGCUUCCUACCAUAAUGGAGAUCUGGAUCUAAAAUCCUUGUGGCUAAGUGCAAAAAGGGAGUUCGAAGACUUACAGACCCAGCUGCACGGUGAUUUAAAAGACUUGGGGACACAAGUACAAGAGCUGUCUACUGCUGCUCUUGGCUAUCAUAAGGUGGUGAAAGAGAACAGAAAACUAUACAACAUGGUUCAGGAUUUGAAAGGUAAUAUAAGAGUCUACUGCAGGAUUAGGCCCGCUUUCAGUUGUGAAUCCAAAAAUAUUAUAGAUUUCAUUGGAGAGGAUGGAUCACUUGUGAUCUUGGACCCCGCAAAGCCACAAAAGGAUGGAAGAAAACUUUUUCAGUUCAACCAAGUGUUUGGUCCAGCUGCUACCCAAGAUGAUGUUUUCAAGGACACUCAAUCGUUGAUCAGGUCUGUGAUGGAUGGCUACAAUGUAUGCAUAUUUGCUUAUGGUCAAACCGGAUCUGGCAAAACACAUACCAUGAGUGGCCCAUCAGGUGGGUCAACUAGCGACAUGGGGAUCAACUAUCUAGCUCUCAAUGAUCUCUUCCAGAUGUCCAAACGAAGGAAGGAUAUCAUACAUUAUGAGAUUCAUGUUCAAAUGGUUGAAAUUUACAAUGAACAAGUACGAGAUCUCCUUGUACAAGAUUCAUCUACUGCCAAAUUAGAGAUUCGGAGCUGCCCUGGUGACAAUGGCUUGAGUAUUCCAGAUGCUACAAUGCAUUCAGUGAAUUCAACCACUGAUGUUCUUAACCUCAUGAAAUUUGGUGAGGUAAAUCGAGUAGUGAGUUCUACUGCAAUCAAUAACCGCAGUAGCCGUUCCCAUAGUGUCCUUACUGUCCAUGUGCAUGGGAAAGAUACAACUGGAAGUACUUUCCGCAGUUGCCUUCAUUUAGUUGACCUCGCAGGAAGUGAACGGGUGGACAAAUCUGAAGUUACAGGAGACAGGCUCAAAGAGGCACAGUAUAUCAACAAGUCUCUUUCUUGCUUAGGAGAUGUUAUUACAGCCUUGGCUCAGAAGAAUUCUCACAUUCCUUACAGAAACAGCAAACUGACACUUCUGUUACAAGGCUCCUUAGGUGGACAUGCUAAAACUUUAAUGCUUGCUCAUGUGAGUCCAGAAGAAGAUUCUUUCGGUGAAACAGUAAGUACCUUGAAGUUUGCUCAGAGGGUUUCCACUGUUGAACUUGGUGCUGCUCGUGCGAACAAGGAGACUGGCGAGGUUAUGCAACUCAAAGAACAGAUUGAGAGCUUGAAGAAGGCGUUAGCUAACAAGGAAGCUCAGGGUAUACAGUUUAACAAAACAGGGGACAAACCAGGAGUGAUGACUGAGAGAACUCCUCAACGUAGUAGAAGAUUAAGCAUUGAAAAUUGCAGUACUGCAAAGACUGAGAAAGCACGGAACCCUGAGGACAGAAAGGGAUCAAAAAGUCCUCUCCCCACUCGUUUAAGAAGAUUGAGCUUGGAAGGCCCAAGAUCUGUUAAGAAGGAUAGUCUUCGGAUAUCACAUGAUGUGGGGAAGUCCUCCUUACCAUCUAAGGUAGUGGAGGAAUAUGAUCAGCUUCAAGGUUCAGAAACAGUCGCAAAGCCAGUUGGGCAGUUCAGCAAUUACAAUGCCACAUUGGAAGUGCAUCGUCCUAAAGCUCCUCGAAGUCCCACUAGCGCUACCUAUCAGAAGCAAGUCUUAGAGACUAAUAGUAGAAGACAAGACCCUUCUGUUCAACUACUGAAAACACCUGAACCGCGUCCCAGGACUCCUCUAAGUCCAACAAGUGUUACUUAUCAGAAGAGAGUGCCUGAAACAGAUGAGAGAAAAAAAGUUUCCCUUCCUCAGCCACCAAGGACUCCUGAGUCUCGUCCCAAGGCCCCUAAAAGUCCAAGGAUGGCUACCUAUCAGAAGCCAGGGACACAAAUUCCUGUUCUGCGGUUUCCAUCAACACCUGAACCACCAAGAUGUGCCACCAGUGAGAUAGAGAUUGUUAUGGAGAGUAAGGUCGGUCUUUCAACAGGUUUUGUGUCUCCUAACUUGACAAGUAGCACAACUGGAAAAGGAUCACAGAUAAGAAGAUCCUUGCGGACAAUUGGAAAGCUGAUUAAUGGCUCUGAAAAGAGGAAUCAGCAACCUAUGAUGGAAACACAUUCAACUACUACUAAACGUGCAGGCAAUAUGAAUGAUGAGAAAUCUCAGAUUACUAAUAGUGCAAGAACUUUGAGGCGGCAAUCAUUAACAGGCAUUCCAAUAUCAGGGUCUCGACGAUGCUCUCUUGGAGGGAAGCCAGAAGACACUAGUGUAAAUGACAACAGAGCUAAAACACCUCCACCUGUCUGCUCGUCAAUGAAAAAUAACAAACGAUGGCUUUAGGAUAACAAACAUGUGAAAGAUUGCAAGUUAAAAAUGCUUUGCCUCAAAGCAUCUGUUGACAUUAGGAUACACCUACAGUUAGCCGCAGAAAAGUAUGCGACAGAUUAUGGGUAGAAGAUGCUCAGCACUC